UGUGGAUGUGGCAGCUGCCAUCGUCACUGUUCAGUGGAUGUUGUCAUAAACAACCACUGCGGCGGCUGCGGUCGACGAAAACAACCAUCUUUGGCUGUUAUCGCUGUCCUGCUUGCCAUUGCCAUCCUCCUUUCCGCAGCGUUUGUGUUGUCCGUUGUUUUCCGGUGCGCAAUCGUGUACUUGUGCUGUCGUCGGUGGAGGUUCCCUGGCCUCCGUGUGUAAAGCUUCCGCAGCCAGAUGGAGUCGUACCGGUCGACGACAGAUCCCUGUGCGGGCAAUGGCGGGGGGUUCCAGACCCAGGACAUGCAACAACAAGGAUCUGUCCACUACUCCACGCCUUCGCUGUCGAGUGUGCAAUCCUUCAGCGGGCAGAUGCAGGAGGUUGUGCGUGCGGGGCCGAUUCAAGUGCCUCCUGCUCGGGCGGGAUCACCAUCUGUCCAUCACGUGGAUGCUGCACGUCGGCGGUUCGUUGUUCGACCCGCUGCAGAAAGUCUGCACGCGGCCGCCAUGCACACGGGCCAGACGGCGUUUUGCACACAGGUUGGAGGCGGGUAUGGCAUGCCUUUUCCGCACAUGUUCCCGGGGGCCCGCGGAUAUGGCAUUGCGCCGCACGUGUACCCCGCCCAGCACACUGUGGAAAGGGGCGGAGUGAUGAGAGAUGAAUGGCAGUGGUCCCCACAGUGCCGACAACCGUCGCAACCCAUGCAUGGCGGGUUGUCCGCUACCUCGCCCAUGUCGGUGCUGCUGUCUGCUGCCGAGGCCUCACCUUCGCUGGCAGAAGUUCAACAAGAGGAUAUGGACGAGGGGUGGCCUGUCCAUAGUCGUGCUCCAUCUCUUGCCGGCUUGCAAGGUCCUUCCUUUGGUGGCGAGGAAGACGACUUCGUUGGCGACGAUGAAGUUGAAGGUGAUGGCGGUGACGUUGAUGGGCGAAACUCGGACAACGCGCAGGAGGAGAGGGACAGUGCUACUGUCGGGCAGAGACAUGGGGGCGAGAAUGAAGCGGGGCCCCAGACCAGCAAGCGUGCAAACAAGCGGGGGGGGAAAGAUGCUGCUGCGAAAAGCAAGAAGCAAAACAUCCCCUGGUCCUUGGAUGAGAGGAUCGCGCUGUCCAGAAUUAUGGCCAAACACGACGCCCUUAUGGCCGACGCCGAUAGGCAGCAUCGGUUUAAGCGGAGCAAGGACCGGUAUGAGUGGGUGCACAAUCGGAUGGUGGAGUUGGGGUUUCCGCACAGGUCGACGGAGGAUUGUCGUAAGAAGUGGCAGGGCAUGAUGGCUGCCGCGAAGUUGAUUCUUGACAAGUGUGAGAAUGCUUCGGGGAAACCUUCCUACUGGGACAUGACCCUUGAGGAGCGGAAGGCGGAGCAGGUUCCACUAGGCUUUGAGAAAGCUCUAUGGGAAGCGAUGGAGUGGAAACUGAAUCGGCCUUCCAUCAAGUGCGACAACACGCUGGCGUCGGAGAACCUGCCAGCUAACGCGGGGGGGAAGUCUUUGACCGGCGGUCCUGCACAGCCGUCAUCGGGGAGGAGCACUUCUGACGGGAAAGAAACGGAGGAUUCGGACCACGCAGCAAAGACACGGAGGACAAACACUGGCAAAGCGAGGAUGGACGACACGAUCAGCGGAGGGACAACAUUGGGCUCGGCGAUUGCGGUGAAGAUCGGUGACAUGGCAGAUGCCAUGCGUGGCGGGAACAUUGUCCUUGAGAUGCUCGUGGGGAUAGGGGAGAAGAGAUCGCGAAGGGGAGAAGAGAUCGGACAGGGGAGAAGAGAUCGCGAAGGGGAGAAGAGAUCGCGAAGGGGAGAAGAGAUCGGACAGGGGAGAAGAGAUCGCGAAGGGGAGAAGAGAUCGGACAGGGGAGAAGAGAUCGGACAGGGGAGAAGAGAUCGCGAAGGGGAGAAGAGAUCGGACAGGGGAGAAGAGAUCGCGAAGGAGACCCGGCUGGAACGGGGAACGGAGCGCCAUCGGAACAUGGAUUGGGGACCCAGCGUCAUGAACGAGCUAAUGCGCAUCUACUACGCGCUUGUUAAUGGCCUCCUCGCGAUGAGGAUCGUGGCCGGGUUAGGGUACGAGCGAGACGGCAGCCUUUCGGAGGUUUUCUUGUUCGUCAAGGAGCUGUCCAAUGUCGUGCCGGACUCGUGGCUUGGACCGCGGCUUGAUGUCGUUGGGGACAUCGUCCGCUAUCUUGUCUCUGCCAUCGCCGAAGAGCACGCGGAGACCAGUAGCAACAGCGCGUGCUACGUGGCGCACAUGGAGCCUCCACUUCGGGAGAGAGGGUACUUGCAUGGGGCGGUCUAGACAUGGUGCCCGGACGAUGACCUCCGGGCUGCACGUAACAGGUGAUAGACCGCCUUCCACAA